AUGGAGAGAAUCGUCGAAGACUUCACGGGCGUCCUGAACAUGAGCGGGGACGGUGCUUUGAAAACAAGUCGUGCCCUAGAGGUCACAGGACUGGAUCUCCACAUCAAACAGAACACUUCUAGCCAUCGGACGGAUCGAUUCGCCAUAACGAGAUGCGGCGACAACUCUAGCCUCGUUGUCCGCCGCGGUCAACCCAUGAAGCUAAGCUUCAGUUUCAAUCGGAUAGUCGACUGGAGCGUGGACGACAUCAGCGUCGUUUUCAUUGCGCAAGGUAUCGGUCCAAGCGAGUUCGUCCUGCCGGUGAGCCAGCAGAUAUUGGACGUCGAUCAUCUUCAACAGGUCGACAACGGUUGGUUCAUAGGCACAUUGUAUGAUACGGAAGGCAUUCUCUCGCUCGCUGUGUUGUGCGCGCCCGAUGCUCCUGUGGGUCUCUACAAGAUUCGUUAUAAAGUGACCAACAAGAAGACCAAUGUACAACGUGAGACCAAUCUUCAGGAUUCAAUCUAUGUUCUCUUCAACCCGUGGCAUCCGGACGACGACGUCUUCAUGCCCGAUGAGGAUCUUCGAGCAGAGUACGUUUUGAACGACUAUGGGAAAGUCUAUCAAGGGACUCACGAUUAUCCUGUUGGCAAAGUUUGGCACUUCGGACAAUUCGAUCACAUCAUUCUUCCAACAAUAAGCUAUCUCGUUGACCUGGGAAAAAUUUCUGUGAGUGAUCUACGUUCGCCGAUACGUAUGGCUCGGCACAUUUCUGCGCUGGUCGACCAAACCGACGACGAAGGAAUCUUGCGCGGCCGAUGGGAUGGCGACUACAGUGACGGUGUUUCUCCCAUGACUUGGAGUUCGACGACAUCAAUCCUCGAAAUGUACAUGCGGAGAGGCGGAGCGCCUGUUUUCUACGGCCAGUGUUGGGUUUAUGCGGCCGUUGUCACUACGAUUUGUAGGGCUCUGGGCAUACCGUGCCGUCCCAUCACCAACUUCGAGUCAGCGCACGACACUGACGGCAACAUGAAUGUCGAUUCAUUUUCGGAUGAGAACGGGAUGCCACUCGACGCAGCCAACAAAGAUUCGUCGUGGAAUUUCCAUUUGUGGAAUGAGGGCUGGAUGAGAAGGCCUGACCUCGGGCCCGAGUUCGAUGGAUGGCAAGCGUUUGACGGGACUCCGCAGGAGAAGAGCGAGGGUCGCUUCCAAACGGGACCAUGUCCCGUGAAAGCGAUCCAGGCUGGCAGAGUCGACGUGAAUUACGAUGCCCGUUUCGUUUUCGCCGAAACUAACGCACUAUUCUACGAUUGGGUUCGAGAUCGAAGCGAGCCCUCGGGCUGGAAAGUGGUCUUCACAAAUCGUGAAGCUGGAAUGUUGGUGUUGACGAAACAGCCGGGCGUUCUGAGACAGAACGACUCGGCUGACGACGCCAUGGCGAUAACUUCCUCCUAUAAAUGUAACAACCUCGAGGCCCGCCAGCAGCUCCUCAGACACGGGGAGGCAGCCAGCAGCGAAGACGUUCAGUACGAGCUGGUUAAACUUAAACGUGUCAAAGCCGGGGAUGCAUUCGAUGUUAUCGUGAACAUAAAAAACCUGAGCUCCGCUAUCCGGACUGUUGACCUCGUGAUUUCAGUGGCCUCACUCGAAUACACUGGCUCUAUCAGUAAGUACGUGAAGCGACAGAAAAUCCAUGGAGUCCAGAUGGAACCUCACAGGUCGAUGCCGUGUGCUAUACAAAUCCUGCUUGAAGACUACCAGGCUAAAAUAACCAAUUUUGGUCUGCUCAAAGUGAUGGCUGGGGCCAAAACACUCGAGACUCAGAAAACAUGGGCUGGUCAUUUCGCUCUUAAACUGGAGAUGCCGCGCUUAGAGGUGGCGGCCGCAAGGGACGCAACAAUGCAAAGCGAGAUUCAUUAUAGCGUGAGCUUCCUGAAUCCCCUCUUCAUUCCGCUCACCAACUGCGAGCUGGUGAUAACCGUUCCUGGUCUGAUUAAUCAUCAGGUUGUGAGGGAUCUGCCUGUGAUCCCUGGCGGAGGGAGCUUCAAGUGGCGCGGCAAAGCAAUCUCCACCAGAAGCGACGAGAAAAACUUCAUCAUCACUUUCAACUCCAACCAAAUCUCCGGCGUUGAAGGCUCGUUGACAGUCGUGAUUUAG